AUGUUUGGCCUCGUAGAGCUGUCUCUUCGCUUUUGGGUGUGAGUGGAUUCACGUCGAGUGACGCUCAUUUCGCUUGCAUCGCUAGAGCGGACUGAAGCACGAGGAUGGUGGACCAGUUGUUGCCUCCAUCAAGCUGAGAGGCCCCCUUGCCCUUGCCGUUCAAAUCGAUCAGCUGGAUUCAUACUCUAGGAACGCUUUACGUAGGGCUUAAGAAUGCAGAGACGUUGCGAGAUGCGGAAAGAGCAAGUCGAAGGAGGCAGAGCGCGCUGAGAGAGGGAAUCAGCUCCAUCCUUGUGUGGCUGGCCUAUCGCCUUGUGGAGUCUUACAUCCAGGCUUGGUUUGGAUGGAUGCCAUUCUGGGGCGUUGUCAGGCUGGGCAUGCUUUGUCGCUUUGUCUGGGAGCGCAAAUCGGUGCGUUGGGCUGCUACGCAGUGCGAAGCGGUGCUCACAUUUCAACUGAGUCGUGCAUGCUGACUUACUUUGACCUCUGCUCUGCACAUCCCUAAUUGCCAGUACAACGCGGCUUGCGCAUCCAUUUCCGCGCCCAUACUCACCCCGAUCAUAGCGACCAUCGAGCCGUAUAUGGACAAUGUCCUUCACAUUGCCACAGUAGGAGUCGCUUACGCCCACUUCUUGCUCACGCUUCUUCUGGCAAAGGCGAGACCUCACAUAGUCUCGGCCUUUCGAUCCGGUUUGCUUGAUGUUCUCUUCCAAUCGGCCGAAGAUUCAUACGCAAAUCAUCCUCCGCCUCCGCCUCCUCCACCUAACGCACUCAACCCUUCCGCGGCCAUCAAUACCGUGCUCGAGCUUGGCCGCAAUUACCUCCCUGGGUGGAUGGGUGGGUUGACUGAUCGCGCUUCGGAAUCCUCAUCUCAAGCUUCCCGCCGUGCGCGACCGAAUGCUCGUGACUCACUCCCCAGGGGCGAAGGCUCAACGUCUCCACAACAAAGCCCUCAAGCAUACAGGCUGCCUGCGCAGUCCUCUCCACGCUCGCAAACGCUCUCCGAUGCGCGCCCUUUGGGCCGGACUGCAGCGUCUGCAUUGCGGCCCGCGAGUAUCAUCUCAGCUGCACCUGUCGGGUCCCGACGCUCCGCAUCGACGGGGCGCAGGGGCACGUUAGCUCAUGAAGCUGCCAUGCGAAAGCUAUCAGACCUUCCCAGUCCUCCAAAAGGAGUGCCAUGGGCAGGUCCGGAGAAGCAAGCAGCUCACAGUGAGACCAUAGGCGUCAAGCAAGAGCCGGAUGCAUCGAUAUCCAACAAUCAUGGCCAAAGAGAAGAGGAGAUCAAACAGGAUUUUGCCGCUCCAACCUCCACAGUCACUUCUCCCUCGGCGCAGCCUACAGUCAGGAGCGCAUCAGCAGUCCCCACAUCCGCGCCCUCCACCAUCUCGCCCGUCGUUCCGGGAGGAUUUGGAAGGACUGCUCCGCUGUAUCCUAGCUUGGCAAGCCUCGGCGUUCCGAUGCUUGGUGAGAGCGGUGCUCCAAGCGCAGCCCCCCCACACCAGCAAUUUCUUGGUCCCGUUCCGCAGUCAUUUUCGCCUUCUAUCGUGAAGGGUGCUGCGCACGCAACCCACGGUGAUUCGCGCGCCUCCAAGUCUCCUGAAAGCGAACGGGCUGGAGAACCUUACAUUGUGCGCACUCCGACUGCUACCUACACUACGCCAUCUCAGCGCAUCGCUGCGAGAAGCGCGGCUCUGUCCAAAGAGCAGGAGAAAAGCCCUCGCGAGGCAUCUGCGACCAAUGAUGAUGUCUCGCCCGCUGUCGGACAUGAUCCGCAAGGCGAGGAAGCGUCCGAUGCGGCCAAGCAUUCUCGCGCUGCAGCGGCGACGAUGCCUCAGCCUCGCAAGAAGACGGCAAGCAGCACAUCCUCGCGGAUAGCCAGGCCAAAGAAAGCAGGGAAAGCAGAUCAAGCUUCGUUGGCAGCCACGAGCGCUUCGCGUCGCAACCUGCGCACCCGCAGUCAGUCCCGCGAAGCUUCGAGCCUUGAAGAAUCGAAUUCGAUGCGGCCUAAUGCGAAGGAUUUGGAAGCAGAUGAGACGGCAUUACCUGAUGCGCAGGUGGCCAGACUCGGUGCGGCGACGCCGAGGCGCAAAUUGGGCGGGAAGCGCGUGUUCAUUCCGGACGAAGAUGGGGACGAAGACUCGGCGUGGGAAGCGGCUCUGAGACUGCGGAAAAGUUCUAACGGGCAGAAGAACGAGUCAUUUGGUCCGAAUGGCGGCGACGCCAGCUUGGGCAAUCACAAUGUUGAGGCUACGCCCAAAGCGAAGCAUGGCGUCCCAGCUUUUACUCUCCAAGCCCCAGCCCCGUCCUCUUCCUCACCUGCUCAGCCGGCAAAGUCUGCGGCCGCGCUGUUAGCUCCUUCGAAGACCGUGCCUAGAGCGUCAGGCUCUUCUACUCUAACGACCUCGGACGUCGACAGAGAAACGAGACCGGGUCAGACGCGCGGCACAAGGACCGCCGGACGCGCAGCUAAAGCGAGGUCUGUCGACGAAGCGUCGCACUCUGCAGCAGAGCCGGUGCCUACUCGAAGGAGCACACGCACGAGAGCCACGCCUCGCGCAAGGGCGGCGUUGGGCGUAGAGAGCGAGGCGACGACUGAUAGCGAGGCGGCUAGCAGCACGUGGAGCUCCAGCCGAGAAGUGACGCCGAAGGUGGCGCAUGAAAUGACGACUUCUGAUGAGGAGUAUGCCGAGCGAUCGCCCGGCAGCAAGAGCAAGGCGAAGGACCCACAGCAGACCGUCGGUCGAGCCAAGACGAUUGCGCGACGAGGAAAGAGGAAAGCGGAGGAGAGCGAAGAGGGCGCUUCGGGAGUGGAAAGCAAAGUGGAGACGGCAAGGGGACGUAAUGGAGCUGGGCCUGCGAAGAGAGGAAGAGGCGGCGCGGUCCCUGUGCAAGCUAGUAGGGGAUCAAAUGGCUCGCUCGGCGCAUCUGCCACCCUAAGCGCACUUCCGCGAGGCAUGUCAAAAAGGUCUUUGGCCCUUGCCAAGGCCCGACAAGGGCCGACGAGCCGAAUCUCGACCGGCGACGAUUCUUCUGAGAAAUCGGCUAGCAGAGCCUUUUCGACGACGAAGACGGGCAAAAUCAAAGAGCAGACUGCGGGAAAUGCGAACAUGUUCAGCUUUGGGGGAGAGGAGGAAGCUAACAGAGCUGAGCUGGAGUUGGGUCGAUUGCUUGGUGGGAAGAAAUCGUAG